AAGGAGAACCCACAACCUGGCGCGUGGGGCGGCGAGCCAAUCCACCUGCAGUGGUCCGUCUGGGCAUUUUGCACCUUCUAAAUAGAGCGCCUGCUGGCGUGCGCGCGGUUACGUCAUCUCUCAGGAACGCUGGCAGGGGGCGGAGCCGACAGGAAAUUUAAACCGAAGCCGCGACCGAGGGCGCCUAGAGGCUGAUAAUGUACUCGUGGAGUUGCCGUCGGCCCUCGGACGUCUGAAAUCGCUCAUGGAGCCCGCGAAUAUAACGCGGAGGCCUUGAGGAAGGAGGACGGAGGCCGAGAAGGAGCCAAGAAUUUGAGGGAGCCAGGAAAGGGUACGGAUGCCGGGAAGGGGAAGAUCGGGUAAGAAGGCGACGGCAAAUUCUCUGAGCUGCAGAGUUCUAUGGCUGAGAGUAGGCUCCGGGCUCCGGACCUAGGGACUCAGCUGGGAGUUUCCAGUUGUCUGGAAAAAUGCCGGAAGAACUCACCAAAUGCUGGGAGGCAGCCCUUCUCUGGAAAGUCCUUUUAUCUGGAUCUGCCUGCUGGCAAAAGUCUCCAGUUUUUGACGGGGGCCAUCCAGCAGCUGGGUGGGGUAAUUGAGGGUUUUCUGAGCAAAGAAGUAAGUUACAUCGUGUCCAGCCGCAGGGAGGCGAAGACAGAGAGCAGUGGGACAAGCCCCAGAGGCUGCCCCAGCCCCAGCGAGGUCAGAGGACAGACACCAUCCAUGGCCCAUCCAAAGGGUGGCCACACCAGGCCUUCACAGAAGCCUGCAGACUCGGUGCCUCUGAGCAGAGGGAAGGAGCUGUUGCAGAAGGCCAUCAGAAACCAGGAGAGCGGCAGCGGAGGAGGUGGCGGGAGCAGCAGCAGUCUCCUGACCAAUGCCCGCUCCUGGGGAGUGAGGAUCCUGCACGUGGACGAAAUGCUGAUGCACGUGCAGCAGCUGUCUCUUGAUACUCUGUGUGUGAAGAAACAAGGGCCGAAGAAGAAGCCAGAGGGAGCGUGUCCAGCAGAGUCAAGAACGCGGAAAGUGGCCAAGCUGAAGGCACCGUUCCUCAAAAUCGAAGAUGAGAGCAGGAAGUUUCGUCCCUUCCACCAUCAAUUUAAGUCCUUUCCUGAAGUUUCUUUUCUGGGACCCAAAGAUGCAAGUCCCUUUGAGGCCGCGACGACCCCGGGCAGCUCACAUCGCACCAGAGAACCCAAGGACCGAGAGCAGAGCCCGCAGUCAGCCGCCCGCACCCUGCCCAGGAGGAGGAAGGGCUUCUGUGAGUGCUGCCAGGAGGCCUUCGAGGAGCUCCACGCGCAUCUCCAGAGCCCCCGGCACCAGGGCUUUGCCUUAGAAGCCCACCCAUACGCAGAAGUCGAUCGGGUCAUCGCCCAGCUGUGCCACAGCUCUGCCGAUGCCCCACCGUGGGCCGACCUCCCCAGGCAGCCGGACUCCCCAACUUCAGAUGGUGAUCCUCUGCGGCCCGAGACUCUGCCUCCCAGCCAGCCCUCCCGUCCCCAGGCAACGUCUCCCAGGAGGAGAGAGGAAGGCGAGCACCAGGCCCCGGGUGCCCUCGAGCCAGAUGGAACAGCAAGCAGCCUGAAGCCCCCUACUGAACCCCCUGCUGAAACUGUGGGGUCUGGCAAGAUGCCAGGACCAGUAGCCAGCUGCCAGGAGCUGGGGGGACCGAUGGAUGUCAUUGCAGACCCCCCAGGGACACCAGGGUCCACGAGCCCUGGACAUCAGUGCCACCUGACAAGCUCUGGUUCUGCGGAAUUCUCCAGCCCGGACAUGGCCCCUGGUGGCCACAAGCGGAAGGUUCAGUUCCCCGGUGGCAAUCCCGAAAAGAGGUCAGGGGUGUCCCAGCCACAGGCCUCAUUCUUCGUCCUGAGAGCCAGCAGCCCUGGUGGCACCAGGACAAGCAGCAGCAGGCCUCUCUCGUCCCUUCCCCUUCCAGGCCACGAGCACAGGCCUUUGGCCUCCCUCCUCCCCUUGUGCCACCCACAGACCUGCCUCUCCCUCCCAGAGCCCUUCCCCUGGCAGCCCACAGAGAGGCCAGCAGGGUGCUGGGCCACACAGCCCCCUUGGCCUGGGGGAGGAUGGCCCCCGGGGAUCUGAGGAGUCAAGAGUGUGCACCCCAGCCCUGUCUGUGGCUGGCUAGCCUGCGCCCUGCUGUCCUGUGGCUCCAGGCCAGCCGUCCGCCCACCUGCACCCUGCGGCUGACAUGCAGGCCCCAGGAGGACCUGUAAGAGCCAGUCCGCCUCUGUACCCGCCCCCCCAACCAGGCCACGGAGGAGCCGGCUGUGCCCGGUGGCUCUGCCCCCCCACCUCCCUGUCUCCCAGCACCGGCAGAGGACUGCUCCCCGAGUUCUCUGGGGCAGCAGCAGCCCCUGGCCCCAGGGCCAGAGCCACACAGAGCGCCUCAGGGCCUCACCGCAAGAGCCAGAAGAGCCCCGUGGCCUGGCCUUUGAUGUCCAAGUGAGCAGCUGUGGUCAUGGUCAAGCUCUGUGGGUCACGGCCAAGCUCUGUGGGGUCAACAGAGCCAGUCCACCACUCGCCAGGUCUGUGGGUGGGGAGGACCAAGGGAGUCUGGGCGGGGGGCCGCCCUCUGCCCCUCCCUUCAGCCGUGUCCCUACCAGAGGCAGUCAUCGGAGCCUGCCGCCCACUCCAGGAGGCAGAGGCAGGGGUGGCAUAGGGAGGGACCACAAAGAGGCUGGAGCAGCAGGAGCCCUGGUCUGGCUUCCUGUCCCUCUGCAGGCACUUGCCUCGUGCAGCAAGUUUUGGUGUUCCCCACCCCCACCCCAGCUUCCCUUCCCAGGAGCAUGUGGCUCUCCUGCUUUCCGAAAUGCCUGUUUGUCCCCUCCCCCAGCCCCCCACGCGCGUGCACACAGAUCCUCAGGAACAUACGAAGCAGAGGAGGGGCGGCUGCAGCACCUCCAGAGCUCCCUCGCCCCUGCAUUUGGGCCGAGCCCAGCACUGAAUGGACCUUCACCCUGAGCCCCGGGGACGGCCAGACCCCACACACACAUCCAGGGACCCUUCUGCUUUUCCAUGGCUGCCCCCCCAUCCCAUUUCUGCUAUGCCAGGGUCAGCAGUUCACCUGCCAACUUCUGCAUCACCCUUUCCCUCCCUCCCCAAGGACCUCCCCCCAUUUCUUUCAGCCAAGCCAUUAAUCUGGAGACAGAGAUGGGUUUGCUAUCGAUUCUCUGGCCACUUUUUUUUUUUUAUUGCAUUCCGUGCUGUGGUUCUUCUCACCCUUCUCUGCCUCUGUGCGUUUGUUUCUUUAAAUGUUGGAGCUACAGGAAGCCUGGUGCUAUGCUGUGUCUCAUUUUGGAGAAGGAAGGGGGGCCUAGCUGCGGGUGAGGACCUGAGCUGUUACUUUGGAAAUAGAGCAACUGUGUGUACAACCCUCUUAGAGGUCAUGUUUGGCCUUUUUAUGCCAUUCCUGUUAAAUUCCAUAAUUAAUCUUGGUUCAGGAACUGUAAAUAAAUUUGUUAAUAACAAAUAGCAAAGGGACAGGGCUGGAGUGCAGUGUGUUGUGCCCCAAAGUGCC